AUACUUCCUUUUUCACCUCCCUGUUUAAAGAGCAGAGAAGUGGGAAUCCGGAAGCCGCAUUCUGGACCUCCACGAGCACUCGCUCUGUCCCCAGCAGCCCCUCCCGACUCCGCGCAGCCCCUGUGACCGCCCCGCAGCCCUCCUUGUGCCCGGCAGCUCCUCCGACCCCCCCUCCGAGCCCCGCCCGGUUCCCGGCAGCCCUCCAGAUCCCCCCGGCAGACUCCCACCCCACGCACCCCGCACGCCAGGACGCCGAACCUGGCCGGGGAUGGACAGGGAGGCGCGCGUGUUCGCCGAGAGCCACUUCCGAGGCCUCGAGGGGUGUCUCCCCCGCAGGGUCUGCCCGAAACUUGACCGUGUGGACUUCAUCGAGAAGCCGGACUCCUUUUCCUACGCCGACUUCUUCAAGGGUUACCUGCUUCCUAACUUACCGUGUGUUUUCUCCAGCGCCUUCACCGAGGGCUGGGGCAGCAGGAGGCUCUGGGUGACACCCAGCGGAAAGCCCAACUUCGAUUAUCUGCUUCAGAACUAUGGAGACGUGGUUGUACCUGUUGCAAAUUGUGGGGUCCGGGAAUACAACUCCAACCCCAAAGAACACAUGCCCCUCAGAGACUACAUCAGCUACUGGAAAGAGUACAUUCAGGGAAACUACUCCUCUUCACGGGGCUGUCUCUAUCUCAAAGACUGGCAUCUGUGCAGGGACUCCUCGGCGGAGGGCGUGUUCACCCUGCCCAUAUACUUCUCAUCUGACUGGCUCAACGAGUACUGGGAUGCCCUGGACGUGGAUGACUACCGCUUCAUCUACAUGGGGCCCACCGGCACCUGGUCGCCGUUCCAUGCUGACAUUUUCCGCUCCUUCAGCUGGUCCGUCAACAUCUGCGGGAGGAAAAAGUGGUUCUUCUUCCCACCGGGGCAAGAAGAAGCCCUGCGGGAUUGCCACGGUAGCCUGCCCUACGAUGUGACCUCCCCCACACUCCUGGAUAGCCGCCUACACCCCAUGCGAGAUCACUGUAGCCCACCACUGGAGGUCACACAGGAGGCAGGCGAGAUGGUGUUUGUGCCCAGUGGGUGGCACCAUCAAGUCCACAACCUGGAGGACACCAUCUCCAUCAACCACAACUGGGUCAACGGCUGUAACCUGGCCAACAUGUGGCACUUCCUGCAGCAGGAGCUCUGUGCCGUGCAGCAGGAGAUCAUUGAUUGGAGGGACAGCAUGCCCGACUGGCACCACCACUGCCAGGUCAUCAUGAAGUCCUGCUCCGGGAUUAAUUUCGAGGAAUUUUAUCACUUCCUCAAGGUCGUUGCUGAAAGGAGGCUUCUCCUCCUGGCGAAGGGGAUGGGUCCUGGCAAGGUGGAGGGUGGCAAGGGCACCAGGCUGGGCCCCGAGCAGGCCGCUUUUGACAUUGGCCGCAUAGCUGAGGUGCUGGAGUCCGUGGUGGCCCACCCUGACUUCCAGAAAGUGGACACCAGUGCAUUCUCACCACGGCCAGAGGAGCUCCUACAGCAGCUGGAGGAGGCUGUGGCCGCCACCACAUCCCUUUAGUGCAUGCUGCAAGGAUCGGGUGCAGCACAUCCUUGGGGGACCCUGGAGGCACCAGUGUGGAAGGCAGUCACCCUGUGCUAGGGUCCCUUCUGGAAAUAAAGCUCUGUCCUCCUGUG